AUACUUUAAAAUACCAUUAGUCCUAUUUGUUCAAGUGUACUACAUUAAGUCAAUAUGUCCUUGUAUAUCAGGAGAAUGCAUUCAGCUCGGUGACAUACAUGAGGAACAUCGAAGACACGCUGUGGCAUCAUGUGGUCAUGACCCAUGAACCUGGCGCCGUCAACUUCUACAUUGACAACACAUUCAUUGGAACGAGGGCACUGCCAGCCUCACAGGUUUUGAUGGACUACACUGGUCGGUUAACAGUGGGUGCAGUGUAUCCCGGCAACCAGCAGUUCAGUGGCUACAUGCAGGACGUCAGGAUUUACACUCGGAAACUUUCAAAAGAUGAGAUAUCUGAGCUGUACCACAUGCCAGCAAGGCAGGAUGUGACACCAAUAUCUGGGUACGCAACAUAUAUGGAGGGCCAGAGGGAUGGGAGAAUUGAUGUGGCUGCUGUACAGGAUACAGAUGAGGAAAGUAACGAGGUGUUCACCAUCAGACUACUCCAGGGAAAGGGAGGGGCGACAGUGUCCGAAGUCGACAGCUCUGCCAUCCUCACUGUUCUGAAGAGUGACAAUGCAAAUGGACUGUUCUAUUUCCCGGACCAAUGUCAGCCCUCACAACCAAUCACUGAGUCUGCAAGUGUCAUGUGUACAGUUGCUAGGCAACGAGGGGAUGAUGGGAGGGUGAUAGUCACAUGGGCGGUGUACCAGAUAAUUGGUUCACAAGCUGUCAUAGCAGCCGAUGAUUUUGUGGAAUACACUGGACAAAUUGUGUUUGAAGCUGGGGAGAGGUCAAAGCCAUUCACUGUACAGCUUAAGGUCGACAACCAGCCCGAGGGGGAAGAAGUAUUCGAGGUACGCCUCACCAACACUAGCACCGAGGACGGGGUAGGGGGUAGUACCAAUACAAGUGGGGCCAGUAUCGACCCCACCAACUCUGCAUCUACAAUCACCAUGCGGGAAAACGACUUCCCUAAUGGCCUACUGGAGUUUAAGGCCGACGGAGUUCCGCCCCUUCCUGGUGAUCCCUUCUUACCUCCUCUAGAGGAGAGGCCCACAGUACGUGUGAAGGAAGAGGGAGGUAUUGCCCGCCUGUUGGUGGUACGAGCCAUGGGCUUCCAGGGGGCGGUAACUGUUGAGUGGCGGACAACUGAUGGCAGCGCUAAAAGCAGUGGGAAGACUCCCAUUGACUACUCUGCUGCAGUAGGUCGCCUGACCUUCAGAGACGGGGAGCGCUACAACUUCAUUGACAUCAGAAUCAUUGACAACAACAUUCCAGAGGAUGAAAAAUCCUUUAUCGUCACCCUCCUUAAUCCCUCGGGUGGGGCCACCCUGGGUCAGGGGUCGGCUGUCAUUGUGGUGAUUGAGCACUCAGACGGGGCUUUCGGAGUUUUCCAGUUUGGGCCAAUGUUCAGGGGAAUUCAGGCACAGGAGUCGGGGGACAGUGGAUUUAAUGUUGUCCCUCUUCAGAUUGAGAGGACGGGAGGCAGUAUUGGUCAAAGUGUCGUAUCAUGGAUGGUACAGAGUGACAAAAACAAUGACCUUGUAGAUCAUGCAGGCAACGUGACAUUCACCCAUGGUCAGUUGACCUCUGACCUUCAGCUCAAGGUCAGGGGCGACACAGUGCCUGAACUAGAUGAGCUGUUUGUUGUUAUUAUCACUGCUGUAUCUAGGGGAGAGUUGGGAGAGGCAUCUGCAUUGAGGUCAGAGGUUACUGUGCAGGCCAACAACGACCCCUAUGGCAAGUUUGUUUUCCCAACAGACAUGAGGCCAGUCUUUGUUGAUGAAACUAACCAGUUGGUUAGACUGGAGGUGCGGCGUGUGGGUGGAACAUUUGGGGCAGUGGAGGUCAACUACACGACCUUGGCUCCAACAGAGACAUAUCCCUAUAUUCCCUCUGCUAUUCCCAGGGCUGACUAUACCGACUUCCAGGCAACAACAGGCUCCCUGAGGUUUGCUGCAGGUCAAGAGGUGGCAACCUUUGACCUUCAGAUCCUUGAUGACCUUGAGCCAGAAGAAGAUGAGGCUGUGUUCGUCCGUCUGUCUGGAGUACGCCUCCUGGAUGCUGCACAGAUAAGGCCAGUGGACAACUCACCUCGGCUUGGUACGGACACAGACUCGUUUGGGCAGGUAAUCAUCAACUACAAUGACAAUGCCAAUGGAGAGCUGGUAUUAUCUCCCCUGAGUCCCAGCGUGUAUGAGAACCAGACAGAGCCUUUCUUGUUCAUCACCAGAUAUGGAGGUGCAUUUGGAGAGGUGACAGUUACAUUCAAAGUGACCGAUGGUACAGCCCUGUCAGGUAUUGACUUCCUGGUGUUAUUCAACUCUGUUACGCUGAAGCGGGGGGAGACGUCAGCACCCCUCCCAUUACGAGUGAUUGAUGACACCCUACCCGAGGUUGCCGAGAUGUUUUCCGUGCAGCUAGACCAGGUGUCUGGCGGAGGUGUGCUGGGAUCGGUCACCAGUGCUACCAUCAUCAUACAUGCAUCAGAUGACCCCAAUGGGGCUUUUGAGUUCUCUGCCCCUGGCAUGUCAAUAGAAGAGCCACAGAAUGUUCCGCUGGCUGUUAACCUCACUGUAAUACGGACAGGAGGAACACUAGGGGUCAUGAGUCUGGACUGGACUGCCAUGAUUGCUGGAAGCAUGGCAAGUGAUGAUGUAAGCCCAGCAUCAGGCAGUAUACACUUUGUGAGUAACGAGGCUAGCCGACAAAUCACCAUCUCUGUACUGCCUGACGACAUUCCCGAAGGCCAGGAAGAUGUGAAGAUCAGCCUGGUGAGUGUGACAGAGGGGGGUCGUAUUGGGGCUCGGGGCGUGUUUACUCUUUCCAUCUUGUCCAAUGAUAAUCCACAUGGGGUGGUGCAAUUUGCCAUGGAAGCCUAUGAUGUACUGGAGGGACCCACCAACACACAACAGAACAUACAAGUGCUCAGAACUGGUGGCAGUUAUGGUCAGUUGCAGGUGUACUACAGUACAGGGCCGGUCAUGUUUGUGCUGGAAGAUGUGUCCUCUAUGGGCGAACGUGUGCUGACCUACUUCCAGGGGCCAGUGUUUGGUGGUCGUGGGGUCAUGGGAAUACCAAUUCCCCUUGAGGAAAACAUUGACUACUCUGUGACAUGCGCAGAAGCUUGCUUGGCAAGGAUAGCGUGCCUGGCAUUCGAAGUGUACAUGUUCAAUGAGACAGGCACAUGUACACUGUUUGAAACAACCACCUCCGACCCACUCGCCAUCUCCUCCACCAGUAUACAGUACUAUGAGAAGGACUUUGUCAAGGCAGGAGAGCUGACAGGGGUAAGAGCCACUCCUGGAGAUGACUAUGGUGUGGUGACCAAUGGCUACAUUCUGAUUGACGAGGGCGUAACAGAGGGUCAACUGCCAAUCAUGAUCAUUACUGACAACAUACCGGAACUCGAUGAGAUGUUUCUUCUGACCUUGACACGUGUUGAUGUCACAGGAGCCACCCCCUCACCCCAGAAUUCUCCAUAUCUCGGGGAUCUGAGGAACGCCACUGUAACCAUACAGGCGAAUGACGAUACUUACGGGGCAUUUACAGUGUAUAGUGACAGCCCAUUGGCUACUGACGAAGGUCAUUUGAUUCAGGUGGAAGAAAGACAAAACUAUGCGGUGGACUUGAUUGUAGAGAGACAAGGUGGGACAAUUGGCCUUGUGUCAGUGAUGUGGUCAGUGGACAGAACAGCCAGCACUGCUGUGUAUGGGGUCGACUACAGAGCUGACGGCGCUAUACUUACAUUCAACCCUGGAGAGAGCAGGAAAUUAAUAAGUGUGACAAUCCUGGACGACACAAUGCCAGAGCUGGUGAAGACAGUUGUCGUCCGUCUGUCUGCCCCCACAGGAGGAGCAACCAUCAACUACGACAAUGCUACUAUCAGCAUCAUGGAGAAUGACAAUGUUGCCGGCGUCCUCUCCCUCACAUCUACCUCACUACCAGCUAAAGAAGGUGACACAAUCAGUGUAGAUGUUGUACGUAGCCCCUCCCAGUUUGGUACGGUGAAUGUUGAUUGGUCAAUACAGGGACUGAAUGGCCUUGACCCUGCUGGGGGAUUCCAGACCUAUGAGGGAACACUGCAGUUCUUGCCCGGUGUUGAGAGGAAGACAAUUGUGCUGGACGUGCUAACAGAUAAUAUUCCUGAAGUGAACGAGGAAUAUGAACUACACCUUGUCAAUAUCAGGACAACAGGUGUUGGUGUUAGUGGCUCAGCGACUCUGGACCCGCAGUUACGUACGGCCAGUAUCACGAUCCAGGGCAGCAACAACCCCCAUGGCGUGCUCCAGUUCAGCUCUAAUUCGCUCAAUGUGCGAGUCAAUGAGGCCAGUGGGUCUGUCAACGUACAACUGGAUAGGAAGUUUGGGGCUAUCGGUAACAUCAGGGUGGAAUACGAGAUCACUGCAGGGUCACUCUCCCAGACCAACGAUGAACUGAUCUACGCCUCAGCCAAUGAAGACUUUGCCGCUGAGAGGACAUUUGUAGAUUUGGUGGAAGGUGUGUCGUCUGCUGCAAUCACUGUGACAAUAAUGGAAGAUGAAAUUCCAGAAGUUGAUGAGGUCUUUGUUGUUCGACUGUUGUCUGUCACCCUCAUCAAUGAGCAGGCAUCGGGUGAACCCCCAGUUCUAGGGAGCACAGGAACAGUUUCGCAAGUGAUCAUUAACGCCAAUGAUGGAACGAAAGGAGAAGUCAUCUUCAAACAGGACUCGGUGAAUGUGUUGGUGGAUGAGACAACCAGUCGUAACAUUACACUUAACGUGGAGCGUACUCGCGGAACAUUCGGGGAUGUCUCUGUCUUUUUCUAUGCCCAGAGCGUCGUCGAGGGAACCAACCUAGGUCUGGACUACAAAAUUACACCAGAGGAAAUAGUGUUUCUGAAUGGUGAGACAAGCAAACAGAUCCUUAUAGAGAUCAUUGACGAUGAAAUCCCAGAACCAGACGAAACAUUUGAGGUCAUCCUUUCCAAUGCUAAAAAUGGCCUCAGGCUUGGAACUCCCAGCAGAGCCACAGUGACAAUCCUGGCCAAUGAUGACCCGGCUGGUUUUGUCUACCUGGAAUCAGUUGAUUUGAUCACCCUGGACGAGCCGUUGCGGGACGGUUCCCUCAAAUCCAGCGUAAAUAUUGCUGUCAGCCGUGGACCAGGAAUGUACGGUCAAGUUAAUGUGCCAUUUGAAGUUAUACCCGAGCUUGAGGAGAACAGAGAUGACCUCUCUCCCAUGCAGGGGUCCAUUACAUUCGAAAAUAAACAGACCAGUGUGAUGCUGACCUUGUCUGUGCUUGAUGAUGAAAUCCCGGAAGACACAGAGAGGUUCACCCUUCGACUUUUGACCCCAGACAACACUGCUCAGCUUGGCACCAAGACGGAACGAACCAUCAUCGUCAACGCUAACGAUUCCCCUAAUGGGCUGUUCAGUCUGUACGCUGCUGGUACCAGAAUGCGUGAGAUCUCUGUCGAGGAGGGGGUGGGGAUGCUGCACUUUGACAUUGUCCGCACCCAGGGGAUGGAAGGGCUUGUCACAGUUGACAUGGCAACAGAGCCCGGCACUGCUGAAACAAUGGCAGAUGUAUUGAGCGUUCAUCUGGUGCCCGUCCAGGUUAUUCCCACCACAUACGUAGAGGACUGGUACAGUUACAUGGUGAAUGGCACAGUGUACCUGCUUAUGAUGAAGCCAUCUGUGGUUGGGGAACUGACCUCUGACAUGGGGUCAGAUGGUUCACAGGGGCCUGUUGACAUGGCAACCCUGCUUUACACCACACUGUUCCGCUGGCAAGGGGAACUUACUCCAGUACAGACAGUGGAGACAGAUGGUGUUUCCGGAGCAGAGUCAUUUGUCAUCAAUGGGGUUCAGUAUCUGAUGGUCGUAAACAAGGGCAACCAUAAUAGAUACGAGACUGUCUCCCGACUGUACAGGAUCAACACGGAUGGCUCCCUUACACUACUUCAAAACCUGGACACCAAGGGUGCUACGGACAUUGCCUACUUCACAAAGAACACCAUCCACUACAUUGUCAUAGCAAACUCCCAGGACAACUCUGGAAACACAAGGGUUGAUUCUGAUGUGUGGAGGUGGGAACCAGGAAAUAAACGCUUCUCCAAAGUGUCCACACUGAAAACAGUUGGGGCACAAGCGGUGGAGGUAGUGGACAUCGAUGGAAACCUCUUCCUUGCUGUUGCUAACUAUUAUGACAGUGUGGAUAAGACAUACCAAGUUGAUUCUAAAGUUUACAAGUUUGACACAAGUGGCCAGUUCUCCCAACAUCAAAGCUUGCCAACUCUUGGGGCCAUUGAUGUGGAACACACAAAAAUUCGCUCCCUUGACAUUCUCAUAAUCGCCAAUAAUCGGGACAAUACAGUGAGCAGUCCACAAAAAUCUGAUGUAUAUCGCUGGGAUGUGACCCAGCUGGGAUUUGUGCUGCAUGAGAGGCUGGAAACCAACCGCGUACAGGAUGUGGAGAUAUUCACUGCAUUUGAUGAUACAGUCUAUGCAGUGUUUUCCAAUACAAUUUCUUCAUCUGUAAUGUAUGCAUGGGACAUCCAAAACAUCCGGUUCCAAUCUGCCUGGACUGGUUCCCCUGCACUAAGCAUGCAACCAAUUACCAUCAAGCAGGGGACCAACCAAAUGGACCUGGUUGCUGUUGCCAACAAGAACAUCACCACAAACCCCACCCUCUACCAGCUUGUUAAGGUCAAGGACAGUGACUUUGCCCCAAGGACGGUUACUAUGACGAUGGAUGAGAAUGAAGACCUUCUCCAUGCCACUGUGUACGUGUUUCAGGAUACCAUUCCUGAAGAUACGGAAACUUUCUAUGUGACACUCCGUAACUCUGGGGGUGGGGCGGAGAUUGGCCUUGACAAUCGCAUUGCUGUUAACAUUCUGUCCAAUGAUAAUGCACAUGGGGUGAUAGAGAUUGCGCCUGACUCCAUCGAGUUACAAACUCAAGAGUUGGUAGAUCGUGACAACACAGUUCAGGUUAACGUGAUCAGACAUGGUGGCUUCUUUGGUCAUGUGACUGUCAAGUGGGUUGCCACUGGCGACCAUGAUGGAACCAAUGACAUCACACCUCUAGAGGGCAUUGUGGAGUUUGCCACUGGCCAGGCAGUGUCGACAGUGAGCCUGACUGUGCGGGAUGAUGAUGUUGCAGAACUUCAGGAAGUCACAUACAUCCAACUGACUCAGAUUGUGGAGACGGGAACCAGUCUGCCAGGCAGAGGAGCUGUAAUAGGUGCCAAUAAGACAGCAAUGGUUAUUGUGUUGGCGAAUGACUCACCGUAUGGUGUAGUGCGGUGGGAGAAAUCAACCAUCACUGUUCAGGAGCCAGAGGGGUCAGAUGCCACUAUUAUUCUAAACAUAGUGCGGGAACAAGGCUUAACUGGGGAUCUACAGGUCACAUACAUUACAUCAGUUGAUGGGAGGUUGACAUCCAGUGAGCAGGCGGUGUCGGGGGAAGACUUCAUCUCGCGUCAGGGGAUGGUCAUACUCCAGGAGAACGUUUCUAAGGUUCCUGUAGAGGUCGUCAUCAAACAGGACAGCCUUCCUGAGGCAGCGGAAAUGUUCCUUGUGAACAUCACUGGGGUUGUGUUGCUAGGCAAUGUCCCACCCCCAGGGGCGGAGCCAAGUGUCCGUAUCCCAGGCAACAUUGUGGCUGUCACCAUAGCGGAGAAUGACAAUGCUAGGGGAAUAGUGCAGUUUAAUGUUACAACCAACAUAGAGGGCAGGAUAGAUGUAUAUGAAGAGUUUGGGCUCAACACAACCAUCCCACUGACAGUGAGCCGGACUGUCGGCUUCCAUGGUCAGGUGACCGUUACAUGGCAGGCUGAACCAAGGGAGGCGACUAUACUUGACUUCAGCCCAUCCAGUGGCACUCUGAUUCUGGCAGACACACAGCAGAGUGCCAAUAUAUAUGUGACAGUGGUGGAUGAUAGUAUUCCUGAAAAUAUGGAGACGUUUGACAUAGAGCUGAUCAGUGUCACAGGAGGGGCUUUGUUAGGACCUGUCAGUUCUGUCCGCAUCGCUAUCCUCAAGAAUGACUCGCCAAAUGGGCUCUUUAGAUUUGUCUCCACACAGGCAGUGGUGCGAGAGUCCUUGACCCCUGAUGACCCUGAUGGUGAGGUUCGGCUGAUUGUGGAGCGUAUCCAGGGGUCAGAGGGUGUGGUCAAUGUGCAAUGGAGACUCAAUGCAGAAGCUGUAUAUGACUUCUACGAGCCACACACUGGGACGCUUCUUUUUGCUCAGGGAGAGAAGACAAAAUCACUGAGUCUCCGUACUCGACCUGACAACAUUCUGGAGGGUGAGGAACAGUUCCGUGUGUCACUGAUAACCGCAGACAACAACGCAGACAUUAGUCACACCCAGGGUGACGCCAGGAUAAGGGUGCUUCCUGACCCAGGGGCCAGCGGCACUAUAUCCAUCAUGCAGGAACAUAGAAAAGUUUAUAUAGGUGAGCCAGGUGAAAGCAGCCCAAACUAUGCAGGUCAGGUGCAGGUCGUGCUGACACGUGGGGAAGGGAUUUAUGGGGAUGUGUCUGUAUCCUGGGCCAUCACCCCACGGGACGAGAGUGCCUUCCUUCAGGUCGAGGGCACGGUCACAAUAGCUAACUUGCAGAAACAGGCAGCCAUUACCAUACAGGCCCUGGAUGACACAAUCCCGGAGUUGCGCAGUAUCUACACACUGCAGCUGAGCUCGGCUACUGGUGGGGCCAUAUUGUCAUCUGUUACCGGGGCAACAACAGCAGACAUUGUGUUUGUUGCGAGUGACCACCCUCAUGGGGAGUUUGUGUUCGAUCUGCCACAGACCACUGUCACCACUGAGGACAGAUUCUCUGUGAGUUUACCUGUGAUACGGCGGGCUGGUUUGAACCAGCAGGUGUUUGUGACGUACAAGACUUGGCCAGGCACUGCACAUGAGCUUGAAGACUACUUUCCCAAGGAGGGCACGCUGACAUUCCAGCAUGGCCAAAAUCAGCUGUUUAUAGACAUUCAGCUGAAGCAGGAUGAUAUCCCGGAGGGGCUUGAGACUUUCUACCUCAAUCUUACAUCAGCUAGGCUUGUAGACACAAGCACUAACAACUACACCAUCGUGGACGGUCUACAGCUAGACCAGAAACCAAUGAUCGGGACGCCAGGUGUCAAGAUCAUUGAGAUAGAGAAAAAUGAUAAUGCGGAGGGCACCAUACAGUUUCUGGACGAGGCCGCACAGUUUAAAGUAACGGAAGACCAGGGUGUGGCCAAGAUCCCGCUGAUGCGGAGUGGCGGAAACUUCGGUGCUGUGUCCGUCCUUUAUGUUGUCCACAACGACACUGCCACAGAGGGUUUGGACUUUGUUGGCAGGCAAGGGGAGGUGUCCUUUUCCGAUGGGACAAGAAACGCGACAUUGGAUAUUACAAUACGAAAUGAUCCAGAGAUGGAAUAUGCAGAAACCUUCAGUGUGGAGCUGGUUAGCACAACUGGAGGGGCAAGGCUGGGGGUGAGAAAGAUGAUGACAGUGGAGAUUGCCAAGUCAGAUUACCCCAAUGGGCAGUUUGGAUUUAAAGGUCAGCCAGGGAUUGACACGAAGAUAAUAAUGAAUAAUACGGCCAAGAUGGUACAGCGCAUGCUCACAGUGGAGAGAACUGGAGGCCUGCUUGGCGAACAGACUGUUUACUGGAGGAUAUUUGGCCCUAAUAACCCCAAGUCACCCCUACAAUCCACAAAUGACAUUGCGUUCAAAUCUGGAAACAUGGAGUUGACAUCAGGGACCCUCAAGUGGGCGGACGGACAGGCAGGUGAAAGAACAAUUACCUUGGAUAUUAAGCCGUUCUCAAGCUGGGAGAUAGAGAAGACGUUUGUGAUUGGUCUUGAGAAGGUGGAGGGGUCGCCGGCCACUGUUGGGAAUGGGGAGGUCAGCCCAACUAUGGGCAGUGUCUCCCUGACUAUUUCCAAAUUUGGUCAUCCGAAUGGUAUAGUGCGUUUUGACGGCCCAGCACAGCUUGCACGAGAGUAUGAGGAACCAGAGGGGACCGGAACACUGACUGUGCAGUUCCCACUGAUACGGAGACAGGACACGGGAACUGUGGGAAAUAUUGAGGUGUUCUGGGAGGUUCAAGGCCAUCAAGAUGAGGUUGCUGACUUUCAGCCUCGAAACGGCUCAGUGCUAGUUGCCGAUGAGGAGCGUACAUCCAGCAUCACGCUGGAGAUUCUCCCUGACAGUGUUCCGGAACUUUCCGAGACAUUCAGGCUCGCCAUUACUCAAAUUGUGGGUGGAGCAGAGAUUGAUACCCAGUAUAACCUAUCAACAUUCACCAUCAAGUUCAAUGAUGAACCCCACGGCCUGUUUGGUAUCAUGCCAGAGUACCAAGCCAUUGUGGUGGACCCUGUGGACCUGACUAGGCACGUGCAGCUCAACAUUACACGAUAUGGGGGACACUUUGGAAAUGUCAUACUCACAUUUAGCAUCAAAUAUGAUAUUCCCCAGUCUGGUAUCUUGCUCUCGCUGUCUGACGGUACUGUGACUUUCGGGGAGGGAGAGGGGAAUAAAGUUGUCAUGGUUGGCAUUGAGGGAACCGGCUUCCUUGAGCUGGGAACCACUUUCUCUGUAAAACUCGUCGAGGUUAAUUAUCUUGGGGAAGGAGUGACAAAGCCUCCACAGUUUCGGGCUGGUAUGACGGAGGCCAAGGUCACUGUACCCUUUGAAGCUGCCAACAGUAAAGUGGGCUUCAAAACCACACUCGCGUCAGUACUGGAAGAUACAGGUACCUGCAGCCUGACAGUACGGCGUGAGGGCACAUAUGGCACAGUGAACGUAUCAUGGCAGAGUGGUUUUCCUGGCGGACGUGUUCUGGCGGGAUUCACUGAGGGUACCGUGCUGCCGGCAUCCAGCAGUGUCAUUAUAACGCAUGGUGUUGCUGAGAAAAACUUCACGGUGGAGUUGUCAGCCAAGUUGAACACAGCGGAGUUGUUUGCUGUGCACCUGCCAAGCCCACCAUCUACGACCGUUCCCGGUGGUACAAGGCUUAUUCCAGAACUUGCCAUGGUCCGGAUAGAGCCAUAUGGCCUUGUUAGGUUUGCCCAGAACUCAACGCAGCCAGAGGUCUCCGAGAUGUAUGGCAAGAUUUACCUACAAGUACUUCGUGUGUAUGGGUCCGAGGGGAAACUAGAGGUCCGCUAUACUGCUGAGGGUAUCUCCGCAUCACCGUUUGACUUCAAUACCAUAGAGAACCAUGCAGUCGUCAUGGAGCCAAUGCAAACCUCAGGACUCAUCCUGGUUGAUAUUGUACAAGACCACACCCCAGAGCAGGCAGAAAUCUUCCAUGUGAAUCUUACAGCAGUGGAGAAAUUCCCUACCGAAACAAAACCUAGUGUAUCUCCACGUAUCAGCUACCUGUAUGGAGGAUCUGUAGUGACCAUCAAGGAAAGUAACGACCCAUACGGUGUGUUGAAUAUGGAGCCUGAACAUUCCGAGGUUGCCGAGAUAUACCAGGAUGUCAAUAUAACUGUGAAACGCACAGGAGGUAUAUUUGGCUCUGUAAGUGUACUGGUGCGUACAGUUGGUGGUGGAGAGGACUGGACAUCACAGAUUGUGUCCCGCCCUAGGGCCGAGGGGAACGAUACAAUCACUGAGGUGCUGGGAAACAGGGACAGGUUCACUUCUGCUGUUGGCGGCACUGACUAUGUUGUACUUGAUACUAAAGUAGAUUUCAAGCCUGGUGAGUUGGAGAAGAAUGUUAUCGUAACGAUACUUGCUGACGACAUGGCUGAACCGGCAGAGACGGUACUAGUCUACCUUACACAGCCUACAGGGGGAGCCAGAAUAGCUGCCGGGGAACCAGAUGGCGGGAAAAAGGGCUACUCUGUGAUAACGAUCGCCCAGAAUGACCUGUCCAACGGUGUGAUUGGCUUCUCCGCAGACUCCAUGUCAGUGACUGCGGACGAGGAUAAGUCUCCAGUGGUCAGUCUUAAGCUGGCCAGGACUGACGCAUUCUUUGGAGAAGUGGAGAUCUCAUGGUUGGCCAAGGUGUCAGAGGACAGUACGGAGACAGAGGAUGUGAUUCUAGCCUCACAACUCGUGCGGACUGCAGGCACUGCUAUCUGCCCGGGGCGCAAAGAUGUCUGCCUCUUCAAUAUUACACUUCAGAAUGAUGACAUCCCUGAGGAAGAGCACAGUUUCGUGGUAAAGCUCAUGUCAGUGAAGAAUGAUGCCAAAUUAAACAUGGAGGCCCUGACAGCACAAGUUACAGUGGCUGCCAGUGACUACAUACGGGGCCUUGUUGAGUUUACAAUUGACUCUAGGAGCAUGAUAGCCAGUAACAUAGACACAGUGGUGCGGUUGGGUGUACAGCGUGUGAUGGGUCAGGAUUAUCGUGUUGAGGUCGGGUACCGAUCCCUUAUGAUGACCUCCCAGCAGCCCCAGGACGGAGUCACUGUUUACCCUGCCCUUGAGGGGGAGGAUUACACAGGGCAGACGGGGAUACUGGUGUUCGAGGCAGGACGGCAGGAGAUCGCUUACAUUGAUGUUACACUUACACCCUUUGAGGCCUCCAGUAACCCAUACCCAAAACAGUUCUUCUUAGAGCUUAGGAAUCCAACUAAUGGGGCUAGUGUAAACCCAGAUUCCUCCAGGGCGUCUAUCCUGAUAGUGGAGGACAGGGAUGUUGACAUUUGGGACAUUAUCAAGGGCAUGCCUGACAGACCACUCUCCAACGACCAGAUCAGGAAUGUGUUGGUAGAGCUGGACACUGCGCUACAGGUGACAGAUGCGGUCAGUGACACAGAGAUUACACUGACUGAAGAUGUACUGGAGAAGAUCAUAGAAGAGGGGCUUGAUAGACCGUUACCAUCAACCAUUAUCAACCAGGUCCUGUCACUGUUAUGUAAGCUCCUUACCCCGGACAAGGAUGACGCAACACGAGGGCGGUCCCAGCUUGCUGCCAUAUUGGAGGACACGGCAUACAUGAUGGUUACAGGAGCUGUGUGCCCCACCCCUAGUCCCCCAGACGUGCUCCAGUUGCAGUGUGUGCAUGCCAAGAUUGUGGCUGGGCGCUGGCCCCUUGGCAAGAUACAAGGCUUCCAGUACCAGGGACAGAGGCAAGAUGAAUUUAUAAUUCCCUCUACAAUCCCUGAUGCUACAACAAACGACAAUUCUUCAUGUGCAGAUUUCCACUUUAUCGAGUACAACAGCGAACAAUGGUUCCAGAGAUCGGCAGAAAAACAGCUCCUUAGCAACAAGGUCAUAUCGUUUGGACUGAAGGGGCGACCAUCGUCCUAUUCCGACUACCCUGCUGUGUACCGUAUCCACAGCCCUGACCGACGCAUUGCUACCAGGCAGGCCCAGUGUGUGUACUUCGACCUAUCAGUUCGCACGUGGGUGUCCCCAAACGAGAUUUGUGAGGUCACAAAUGACCUUGACCUUGGGGUUGAUGACUUUGUCGGGUGUUCAUGUCGUCAUUUGACCCACUAUGCAGUACAGGCCACAACCUCUGACCCUGGACUGGUUGGAUAUACAGUCUGGUUCUUCAUUUCAUGCUUCAUUUGUAUGGCGGGUCUUCUCCUGGCAAUCCUGGCACACCAUCUCUGCUCUAUCAGCGCCAUGUUUGCAGCCAGUCUUCUCAUGCACAUGUGCUUUGCUGCCAUGGCAACACAGAUCUGUUACGUGGUGGCAGCGUACCUAAGUGCAGAUGAGAUCCUCGUCUACACACUCGGAGAGGACAACUACCGAUGUAUUGUGAUGGGGCUUUUUCUACACUAUUUUUUCUUGACGCAGUUCUCAUGGAUGAUGACACAGGCCAUCAACUUCUGGAAGAUCUUGAUCAUGAAUGAUGAACACACAGACAGGAAAUAUGUGCUCUUUUUCCUGCUCGGGUGGGGACUACCAGUUGUAAUUGUAGCAGCAUUCUACACAGUGACGUUUAACUUGUACAAGUAUGUGUAUGACAUGCCAUACGACUUCAUCUAUGGAGAUAUUAACAAUAACGGAGACAUGUGUUUCAUAACGAAUGCGUAUGCAGGUCUGGCGGGAGUGAUAUUGCCAGUGCUGCUGAUGCUGGUUGUUGUUGCUGUCGUCUUCGUUAAAGCAUUCCAGGUCACACCUCAAUGGCAGGCCUAUGAUGACAUUUACAGGGGCAGAUACAACAUCAGCGAGGUCCGUACCCUGUUGCUGUUCUGGGGUGUGAUUAUUAUAACAUGGCUAUGGGGCGGGCUCCAUCUUGUGUACGGCCAACUCUGGAUGCUCAUAAUGUUUGCCAUUUUCAACAUUCUACAGGGUUUGAUGGCUGUAGUUGCCUACGCCCUGCUGCGUAACCCCUGCCUGGCGGGCUUCCUGGCUCCACAGCGGGCUAGCUCCUACUCCAUGACAGGGCACAUGUUUGACCCAGCCCUGUCCACACACCAGGGCGCUGGACCGCCUCAGGGUCAGUACCAGUUCCAUCCUUCUACCCUGGAUGUGGGAUCUCUCAAGGGCUCAAGAGCAUCGCUUCUCAACGAGAGUUGGGAGCGGGAUUCGCUGCCCUCCCGUGGGACGAGGAGCACGAUGAAGGUGAAGCGGACCCUUCCACAUAGCGGGAAUCUUUAUGUGGACCCCCCUGUUUAUCACCAGAACACCAUAUCCGACACCAAGGACUUUGAUGAUCUAUUGUACGCUCUGAAGACUGGUGGAAGUUUCACACCCAGUGAUGGAAGUGUGAUUAGUGAUCGGGCAUCGGAUGAGUCAAGUAACAUUGACAAGUACGAACUGCGGAGGAUAGAUAUUGCAGAUACUCAUUUGUAAACUGUUCAAUACUUAUGUAUUUUAAGACAUCGUCAUGGACAUUUAACAUUAUUAUAGAUAAUAGAUACCCCGAUAAUGCAGAUACUCAUUUGUAAAUGGUGCAAUACUUUAGUACUUAAAAGCAUCGUCAUGGACAUAUAAUCUAAUUUACAAUGCUUAACUAUUUCAAACAUUGUUUUAUGUACACUGUGCAAUACUUUUGUAUUUCAAGAUAUUGUCAUGGAGGUAUAAUUUUAUGUGCACUGCUAAACUAUUUAUAAGACACUUUUUAAGGCAACUUGCAAUACUUUCGUACGUAAAGAUCAUGGAGAUGUUAUUUCAUUUGCAAUGCUUAAUUAUGUAAAUACAUUGUAUUAUGUAAAAUGUGCAAUACUUUAGGUGUGUAGUGGCAAGUGUGUAGACUACUGGUAUGAUAUAUAUAUGCCUUACACAAUCAUCAAAGCUUGUAUUUUUAUAACUUAAUUCAUCUUAAUUGUAGUUGUACGAGAUGAAUGGCGGUUUUCAUGUCAUUAUUUUAUCACCUCUUGUUGAUGUGACUAGAUUUUAUUUUUAUGUUAAAUUGAAAUAGAAGUUGCUCACCAUUUGAUAUGACACUCUGUAUGGAGUUUGCUAUUCCAUUUACAUUCCUUAUCAAGCACACCGUAAAUUAAAAACACGCUGGCUGUUGUAUUGCUCGUGCACAUGUAUUGGAUGAUAUUUUGUAUUAAAGAAAUGUAGCACAACAUAAGGGUUAUUAUGAUAGUAAGCAUUUCCGAGGUCUGUCUCACAUGAAUUUCAGUACUGUAACACAUUACAGUCAAGACCUCAUAGUGGUCGAUACGAACAUCAACGAGACAUGAUACUGAUUGUCAGAAGUGUCCAAUCAAAAUGGUCCUUUUAUUAUAUGCCUCCUUCGCUUAUUUCCAUGUUAUUUCAAACUGUUUGUAAUUUUAACCAAAUAAACUGCACUUACAUGUAGCCUGUACACAAACAUUUCCUGAAACUUUCUAUUCAGGAAAACUCUUAUUAAUAAUUUAGUGCAUUUCCUUGAAAAUAAACACAAAUCAAAUAUAUUUUUAAUAAUUUCUUCAGGAAAUACGGAAUGUUCCUUGAAAAAAAAUGUUAUUGAUUCUUUGGUGAAUAUCUUAAAAAAAUUAAUGUGUAAAAAGCAGCACUCGACAAACAGCUUAAUCCCUUAAAGGAUUUUUAUGAAAUUUUGGUAAAAUGUUUACCUCAUGAACACAAUGCCCACAAUUUGCUUCAUUAUAUAAUAUUUCCACAUCAAGUGUCCUGGAUUAAAAUGAGACAAUUACGGGAAAGACAUCUGUAAUUGUUUUCAAAAACAACUGUCUUGGCUCAGUUCAGCCAAUCUUGCAUUGUAGAGAAGAUCUUUGAUAAACAAGAGCCGUCGUAAGACAGCGUGCUUGACUUCGCCGCUUUGACUUAGAAGUGAAUACCAUAACAAUGUAAUAUUACCAAGUUUGGUCUAUUUAUGUCAAACCUAACUAAAAUUAUUCAAUACAUAAGGUGACUUUGAUGCUGCCCUCCGACCACCCGAAAAAUGACGCAAGUCAUUCAAAUAACUUGAUUUCCCAUUAUGAAAAUGUGGUAAAGAAUAUACAAAUAUGCCUUUCAAAAGAAAUUAAAAUAAAAUUUAAUUUUUUUUAUAAUAAUACAAAAAAUUCAAUGGCCAAAUAGUAUAGCCCUCCUUGUUUUCCCUUGGUAAAAAACUGGUUAAGAAUGUAAAAAUGUGCCUGUCAAAAGAAAUUAAAAAAAAAAAAAAAUAUUCAAGGGACAUAAUUUGUAUUUAGGCUUAAAAUGGAGUUAUGUUUCUUGUUGUAAGAUGGUCGUAAAUAAUUUUGAAUUUUAUUAAGUGCAUUGAAUGAAAGGUAUAAAAGUUUUUUUAUUAAAAUCCCAACUUGCCCUUAACUUUUACUUGCUUAAAACUUUAACCUAAGUCAAUCAGGGGCCAUAACUUGUAUUAAGGAUAUGGAGUUAUGUAACCUCAUUGGGUGAUGGUCCUGAACAAUUGUGUGAAGUAUUAAGUCAAUUGAAUGAAGGGUAUAGAAGUUAUUAAUAAAUAUCCCAACCUGCCCUAAAACUUUAACCUAAGUCCACUAGUCAAUCAAGGGCCAUAAUUUGUAUAAAAGAUAAUAUCUAACCUCAUUAUGUGAUGGCUCUGAACAACUGUGUGAAGUAUUAAGUCAAUUGAAUGAAUGGUAUUGGAGUUUUUAAGUGAAAAUCCCAACCUACCCAUAAACUUUUACCUAAGUCAAUCAGGGGCCAUAACUUGUAUUAAGGAUAAUACUGAGUUAUGUAACCUCAUUGUGUGAUGCUCCUGAACAACUGUGUGAAGUAUUAAGUCAAUUGAAUGAAUGGUAUUGGAGUUUUAAGUGAAAAUCCCAACCUACCCUAAAACUUUUACCUAAGUCAAUCAGGGGCCAUAACUUGUAUUAAGGAUAAUAUUGAGUUAUGUAACCUCAUUGUGUGAUGCUCCUGAACAACUGUGUGAAGUAUUAAGUCAAUUGAACAAAGGGUAUAGAAGUUAUUUAUAAAUAUCCAAACCUGCCCUAAAACUUUAACCUGAGUUUCAUAGUCAAUCAGGGGCCAUAAUCUGUGUAAAAAAUAAUAUGGAGUUAUAUUAACCUCAUCAUGUGAUGGCCCUGAACAACUGUGUGAAGUAUUUACUCAAUUGAAUGAAAGGUAUUGGAGUUUUAAGUGAAAAUCCCAACUUGCCCUAAAACUUUAACCUGCCCUAAAACUUUAACCUAAGACAAUCAGGGGCCAUAACUUGUAUUAAGGAUAAUAUGGAGUUUUGUAACCUUAUUGUGUGAUGGUCCUGAACAACUGUUUGAAGUAUUAAGUCAAUUGAACAAAGGGUAUAGAAGUUAUUUAUAAAUAUCCCAACCUGCCCUAAAACUUUAACCCGAGUUUCAUAGUCAAUCAGGGGCCAUAAUCUGUGUAAAGAAUAAUAUGGAGUUAUCUAACCUCAUCAUGUGAUGGCUCUGAACAACUGUGUGAAGUAUUAACUCAAUUGAAUGAAAGGUAUUAGAGUCAGGGUUCGAAUUUAACUUUAGGAGCACUCGCAAAAUUUUGCGAGUGCAUUUUGAGGCAACUCGCAAAAUGACAAUUCAACUUGCAAUUUUAUUAUUUGCUUUAUUUUCUUAUAAUAUUUUUAUAUUAAAGUAGAAAUUAACACCUAAGACAUAUUAUGAAUAUUAAAAAGUAUCAAUCUUGAGUGACUCGACUACUAGAACUUGUUGAUGGCUGAUUCUAUUUGGGGGGUAUGGAAAGACUCGUCUGAUGCUGGCAGCUUUUUGAUAACAAAGCUGUCCAAUAAUUUGACAUUGUUCACUUUGUAUAUUUACCCUCGCCAUCGGGUAAUUUAAUUCCCAUUCGACAAGCACGCUACAGAUUUCAUUAAGUCUAUAAGUAUUAAAAACAAUAAAGUAAUAAAUUUAAAAUAAAAAAGCAACAGUAAAUGUAGCGUGGAUACUUUGGACCAUGAAAUAUAUCGAUCAACGAAGUCUAUUCAUUUUGACAGUUGGGCGGAAAUGUAUUCAAAGGAUGAUGGGGUUUACAUAUAGUGCGCAAAAGCGCUAAAUUUAGCCAAUGAUUGAGCUAGGUGAUUACGUCAUUCGUAUUUACUUUGUAUUAUGCACGCCUCGGAGCAUCCCGGAAAAAAUUCGAUAUAAAACUCCGCCUUUUCCGUAUUUGUUCUAUUUUUGAAAACCUACUAGAGCGUGACUCCGUACUGUCUUCUUUAUACCGGUAGUGUAAACAUGCCACUUAUAGGCUGUUUACACUCGACUACAUAGCGGAAUUAAGUUCAUGUUUAUUCUACUUUCCUUUUAACAUUUUGUGGUCUAGAAAAAGCCACUCGCAGAAUUUUGCGAGCUUGAAUAAAAGUCACUCGCAAUUUCCAAAUGUCGCUCGCAUUUUGCGAGUAUGCGAGUCUAAAUUCGAACCCUGGGAGUUUUAAGUGAAAAUCCCAAACUUGCCCUAAAACUUUAACCCGACGCUGGGGCGAGUAGUAUAGCCCACCUAUUCUUCGAAUAGUCAAGCUAAAAAUGAAUGUAUUUAUAACUAAAAUACAAACAGAUUUAAACCCAAAAUAUUUUUUUCAACAAUAGUGUCUUGUCUAGUUUCUGUGUAGUAUUUUAAUAAUUAUAUUUGUAGUUUGUCUAGUGUACCCUAUUUACACAUAAAUUUGAUCAACUUGUCAAAUUAUUUAUUUAUAUGAAUAUUUGUUGUUGAUAUUUUAUUUCAUACUAUUUGAGGUAUUUUUGAUACUGAUGAUAACA